GGCGAAGUCAGGUGACCCGGGGGGCGUGUCCUGAUCUUGAACCUGCGGAGUGUACAGAGAGAGGAGAAGAGCCUCAGGAAGGUGGGCAGCAGGUUAGUGUGUCCGAAAUGGCCAACCAGGCUCCUGGGAAUGAAAUGGUGAAUGGACACCUAGAUCUCUCUCAGUAUAGUCUCAUAAUUAAAAAUGAAGCAGAGAUGCUGGAACAGAUUAAACAAUUGCUUGUGGAAAACAACAUACUGAAAGAAACCAUGAAGCAUAAAAAUUUGGAAAUGAAGGAGCGUCUUGAAGAGCUUUUAAAGAGAGAGGAGCAAGGACGGAGUGAGCCUGGAACUCCAGAAUUUAAACAGCGUGCAUUAGAUCUAAGUAAAGAAAAUGAAUUACUGAAAAAUGAAAUCCAGCAUUUAAAAGAGAAACAUCUGCAUGGAGAGAGUGAAGAUGAGAGCCUGAAACAGAUGAAGGCACAGAUUGUACGUCUUCAGGCAGAGAAGGCUGAUCUUCUUGGAAUUAUUUCGGAGCUGCAAGUGAAACUUAGCAGCUGUGCAUCCGAAGACUCAUUUGUUGAAAUCAGAAUUGCAGCACAAGGCCCUGAAAAUGAGGUGAAGGAGAGCAAGGCAGAGGAUGACGCAUCACAUCCGGAAAUGAUUACAUACAGGACAACAUCCUCCAAUGAAGACAGCUGUGGAAAGGAAUCUGAAGAACUUGCAGUCAGCAACCUUCUCCAUAGCUUGCGUGAGGAAACUGAAAAGUUUGAUCGAUUGCAGAGAGAGCUCGCAAAUGCAAAUGAGAAACUGUCGGAUCUUGAAAAAAAAUCAAUACAUUGCAUACAUAAAGAAACGGAAACCGAGCCAAUAGUGGAGCAAACUGAUGAAGAUAGACAGGCUGCAGAACUUCUAUCUGGGGAAGUAGAGAUGCUUAAACAAAAGGUGGAAGUGCUAAAUAAAGAACUUUAUGAGACAAAUGAGAAGUUAAAUGGGGCUCAGCUGAUUAAGAAUAAGCUGGAAGACAGAUGUUUGUCUCUUGAUAAGAAGCUUGCAGAUAACCAGUUUGAUUUGGAUGAGAGACAGAAACUUCUAUGUUCUGUCCAGACAUUGGAGCUCCAAGUGGAAAGUUCGAAUACCGAAAUCAAAAUGGAGCAGAGCAAAACUGAAGAACAAAAGAGGCGGAUGUCGGCUCUGCAGGAAUCAUUCGACAAACAGAAAUUGGACUACGAACUGUUGAAAAAAGCAGAGGCCGAGAAGGUGCCAAAAGCGCAGUGGACAAAUUUAUUAGGAAAGCUGGAUGAAUGUGAAAAAGCUCUGGCUAAAAAACAGCAAGAGAUCGAUGAGCUGAAGAAGGAAAUUGACAAUCAUACAGAAGAUGCUGAGACAAUAGCACUUCUCAAAGCUCAGGUUGAUGUCUACUGUUCUGAUUUUCAUGCGGAGAGAGAAGCCAGGCAAAAUAUUCACCAAGAAAAGGAGGACUUGGCUACACAGCUGGCACUCAUAUUGGAAGAAAAUGAAUCUCUGAAGGGAAGGCAUUCCAUUGAGCAGCUUCAGAGACGCCAUGUGCCUUCAUCAGAAGGUCCCCACCUCAUGUCAAGAGGAGCGGAGAGUGUGGAUCAGUCAAGUCCUCAUGUACAUACAUGUCCUAAGUGUCAGCUGACUGUACCAGAUAUGGACACGCUGCAGAUUCAUGUCAUGGAGUGCAUCACUUAAAUGAACGCUGCUGAGAGCUUUGGAAUAAUUUAACUGCAAAAAAUCACUUUUGUGUUCUGUCCAAAAAGCCUAUUUUCAAAUCUACUUUAUAAAAAUGUACAGUAUGUACAUAGCUCAAGGUUGUUUAUACGUAGUUUAUAAAACUGCAUACUUGAAUAAUCCAGGACUGUACACUGCAGAAAAACCUGGCUUAAAAUAUCUGGCAAAUACUCUAGGUACAAAAAAAAAAAAACACUUAACAAAAUUGUUGGAUCACAACGUAAAUAGGAGGUGUAUGUGGCACCUCUGAUCGCUGCUUUGUAUUGACCAUUUACACUUUCUUUGAGCAUUGAUAUGAGCUUUCACUACAUGUAUAGCGUUCCAACAGCAGACUUUCUACAUGGUAGCCUCUCCCUAGUCUAUUUAGGCUGGGUUCACACUAGUGCCAAUUGGUUGCGGUUUUCUGCAUCCAAUUCGCAUAGCAGGAGAUUGUGACCAGGUCUUUAUGAAGCUGAUUCACACAUCUCUGCAGCGGCUCUGGUGUGUAUUGCACAGGAGUCCUGUGUGUCUUUUGGUCAGUUUCAGGUCCAAAUUCAGCCCUAAAUUCGGGUUGAAAUCUGACCUGAAACUGUGAAUGGAGACGCACCCAACUCCUGCUGUGUAAACACAGCCUUAAAGAACCCUUUGUAUUUUUGCGAUUGUUCACAGAAUACCAAGCACUCUGAUUCUAAAAAAGAGCAGGACAAAUUCCAUAAAGGAAAGUGUCAAGUCUCCUGCCUGGAGUACUGGAAGCAUAGCAAAGGCUAUACCAUCUGAGCGUCACAAAAGUUAAUUGCAGCUAUCCAAAGGGUGACAUACCCAUUCUGAGAUUUAACUAUCUGUAACCCAGCAGAUAAAAAAAAAAGGGGGGGUUUAUAUAUAUAUAUAUAUAUAUAUAUAUAUAUAAAAAAUCCUGGAUUUGUAUAUUUAAUCUGUAUUGCAAACCAGGCAAAUGUGGAUGCUUAUGCAUCUAAAGCUUAAACCAUCAGCUUCAGAGUGCUUACUUUUACAUAUUAGAUUAGUCAAACAAUGUUGCGGUCACAACUUUCCUAAUAUGCAGUAAUAAUUUUCAGUGCACAGUUCCUUGUCCACCUUGGGCUUAAGACGCAGAUAUUUUGGAUAAAUCUGCAAUCUCAAACCCUAGCCUAGAGGCAAUUAAUAAUAAAAAAAGAGCCAAGCCUCAGUUUAUGGCAUUUAUUACACAACCUUAAGUAUUCUUUUACUGUAUUUGUUAAUUCUCGAUUUCCUGUUUGUUUCUAAUGACUCCUAAUUGUUAGAGAUUUGCACUGUCUGGGAGCUUCUAUACAUAAUAUUACAUAACUGACAGAAAACGACUUUGUUACUUUCAGGGAUCCUCAAACUAUGGCCCUCCAGCUGUUGCGGAACGACACCUCCCAUGAGGCCUUGUAAAACUGACAUUCACAGACAUGACGGGAAUUGUAGUUUCUGAACAGCUGGAGGGCCAUAGUUUGAAGACCCAUUCAUUUAGACUUGACUUUUGGCAGGUAGAUUACUGUAUAAUAAAAUGUAAAGAGCGAUCUGUCAUUUUUAUGGCUGUGUAAAUUUGAAGGUUUACCUGUUUUGAAUUCUGUAAAUAAAUUCUAUACACAGUAAAACAAAUUUUGAAUAAUUCA